AUGGCUGGAACAGGAGGAAAGGAUUGGCCCAAUCUGGGACGAGGCACUCUCCCUCGAAGUCGUCCCACGUUCCUAACCCGUACGGCCACCGACGAUGCUGCCCAACUAUUGAGAAGGUCUUCGCUUCCAGCUCUACCAGAUGACCAAGAAAGACCAGUGUCAGGCCCCGAAGACUCUGCCUACACGAUUUCGAGGCCACCAACAGCAGUCUCGACCGCCUCAACUGCUCCCUUUACCCGCCCUGACGACUUGUCGACUUCUAAGAUUCAUGGGACCUUCGACGGCCCUCGAGAUGCUCCGCCAUUUCCUCAGGCCUUGGAACUAGGGCAUAAUCAGACUGCCCAGCCAGAGGGGUAUUUGGCCGACCUUCCAGACCGUGAUGGCCCGAACAAGGCUGAGAAGUCCUCUCCGCCCAGGGUCGGUGGGUUUCCCCGGCCUGUUGGAGGCACAGAAAAGCUGGGCACUCUUUCUGGAGUCUUCGUUCCCACGAGCCUGAACGUGCUAAGUAUCCUUAUGUUUAUCCGGUUUGGGUUCAUUCUCGGCCAGAGUGGAGUGGUCGGAAUGCUUGCCAUGUUGGUGGCGGCCUAUCUGAUCGAUCUCGUCACCACGUUGUCUAUCUCGGCUGUUGCUUCCAACGGUAUCGUUCGAGGUGGAGGCGCCUAUUACCUGAUUUCGCGAUCUUUGGGGCCCGAAUUUGGUGGCGCGAUCGGCCUUGUCUCCUAUCUCGGGUUCGUCUUCAACACCGGUAUGAAUGCUGUUGGCCUCAUUGAUUGCUUGAACUAUAAUUUCGGGUCUGUAUCUGGCAACUGGGCGAAUACUCUACCCGAAGGAGGGUGGUGGCAAUACCUGUGGAGCACUGUUGUUGUCCUUAUUUGUGUCGCCAUCUGUCUGGCUGGAAGUACGAUCUUCGCCCGCGCAAGCAACAGCUUGCUCGUUAUUCUCCUCGUUGCCACGUUCAGCAUCCCCCUCUCAGCUGUUGUUAUGAAACCUUUUGAAACUACCAAGCAAUACACUCGCUUUACGGGUCUCAGUGUCGACACCUUGAAAGCGAAUCUUCUGCCUCAUUUCACCCGUGGUGCUGCGGGCAGUCAGCUACGCACGAAAGAGAACUAUCAAGAUCUUUUUGGAAUUCUAUUUCCUGCCACUGGAGGAAUCCUUGCCGGUGCGAGUAUGUCAGGCGACCUGAAGAAUCCCAGCAAGUCCAUUCCACGGGGUACACUUGCUGGUCUCGCCCUCACUUUUGUUUCAUACGCUCUUGUCAUCGUCGCCAUGGCGGCAAGCAUCACCCGAGAAUCAUUUUAUCGAAACGCCAACGUCGUUCAGGACACUAAUGUCUCAGGGGUCUUGAUUCUGGCUGGAGAAAUAGCGACGACCCUCUUCUCCGUUCUGAUGGGAAUAAUCGGGCCUGCCAAACAACUCCAAGCCAUUGCCAGAGAUAAUGUGAUCCCAGGCCUCUCAGUCUUCGGCCAGGGAACGAAGAAGAAUGAUGAACCGAUCUACGCCAUAUUCUUCACAUUUGCGGUUGCUCAAGCUACACUUCUCCUCGACAUCAACCGAAUUGCAUCUCUCAUUACAAUGACUUAUCUCAUGACCUUCUUUGCGCUCAAUGUAGCAACCUUCCUCCUGAAGAUUGGAUCCGCUCCUAAUUUUCGACCGUCGUUCCACUAUUUCAACUGGUGGACUGCCCUCAUGGGAGCGCUGCUGAGUGUCGGUAGCAUGUUCUUUGUCGAUGGUAUCUCGGCCUCGGGUUCCGUCUGCCUCCUUCUGAUUCUGAUCAUCCUGAUCCACUACACCACCCCACCGAAGCCUUGGGGAUCCAUCUCGGAGGUUCUUAUCUAUCACCAAGUCCGCAAGUAUCUCUUGCGGCUAAAGAGCGAGCAUGUCAAAUUCUGGCGACCUCAGGUCCUGCUCUUUGUCAAUGACCCGAGACGGGGCUACAAGCUCAUCCAAUUUUGUAACUCGCUCAAGAAGGGAGCUCUCUUUAUCAUCGGACAUGUCAUUGUCACUCAGGACUUUGGCGCCUCGGUACCCGAGGCUCGUCGUCAGCAAGCAGCCUGGAACAAAUAUAUCGACUUCUCGAAAAUCAAGGCUUUUGUCAACAUUGCCAUCUCGCCCUCCAUAGAAUGGGGAGCCCGAAAUAUAUUUCUUUCGGCGGGAUUGGGCGGGAUGCGUCCCAACAUCGUCAUAUUCGGAUUUUAUAACCUACAACAGUUCCGGGCCGAGCAACCGCUGGUAGAUGUCCCUAGCCCUCCCCCUGAGCGGAAACACGCCUCCCCUCAAAAGCGCCGGACGAGCAGGAGCGUGAUUAGAGGUGAACUACCGACUGAUACCUGUUAUGUGGAGAAGCGGACCGACAUCCAAAGCUAUGUCAUGGUGCUGGAGGAUAUGAUACUCAAACUUCAGACCAAUGUUGCUAUUGCCGCUGGUUUCAAUGACCUCGAGCUACCGAAGAGCCCGGAAGAAUUAACCAAAAAAUACAUCGACCUAUGGCCGAUCCAAAUGUCGGCUGAGGUGAUAGCAGAUGCUGAGGGUGAUGGCGAGGGUGAGGGUCGAAAUGUCCUCACGACCAAUUUUGACACCUACACGCUCAUCUUGCAACUGGGCUGCAUCCUUCACACUGUUCCGUCUUGGAAGAAAGCGUACAAACUUCGCGUGGCGGUGUUUGUUGAAUAUGAGUCAGACGUAGAAGAGGAAAGGAGUCGUGUCACUACUCUCCUAGAAAAUCUUCGAAUCCAAGCCCGGGUACUGGUCUUCUGGCUCGCUUGUGGCUCCGUCAAGUCUUACAACUGCAUCGUUAACGGAGAGGACGUCGACGAUGAGACGCAGGGACAAGUCAACAAAGUGCUGGAAGACGAGUUGUGGUGGCGCGAACUCCAAAUCAUCCGAGGAAAGUCGAAAUCUGCUGACGUUGGCGCUGUGGACGCUUUGACGGUUGCAGACGACAGCGUUUGGCCCAGCGCAUCUUUGCAAAGGAAAAGGGAGAACUCCAUCGUUCGUCUUGAGGGCUUGCGCCGGAUUUUGGCAGAUCCAAAGAAAAGGCCAUCUUUCGGGAACCUCUCUAGCCUUGGCUUGAGUCUCUCUAUGAGAACGUCGCGCCUGGAUGACGACAUGCUCAGUCGACACGCGUCUCACCCAAGCGACUCUGAUGGCUCCGAAUCGGAAGAGGAGGACACAGAGGCAGAAUAUGAAGAAUACCACGACGGCGAUGGAUCCUCUGAAGGCAGUCUCAUGGAAGAGGAAGCAAGCGCUCGACCGUCACCCUCAGGAGACCCAAGAUCUGUGAGAACGCCGCCGAAGAAGAGCAGUCGAGCGAGCUCCAAAAAAUCAAGUCUCAAAAGAACAAAGGACGUGACCUAUAGGGAAGGACGAUCGAGUCCGCCUGAACCAUUGAUCCAAUUCGACGAGAACAUCCUUGACAGUUCGGAUGAACAGCAAAAUCGAGGGCGUCCUGCUCCAAUCGCCGACAGUGAAAGCUCACAGCGGCGCUCGGCUUCUCUAGGAAAAGGCCUGGAGGCGAUGCGCUCGCAACGACCCCGAACGCCGUCGCCCAACUUUACAUCUGAACCGGUGCCAGCAACGCAGAUGGCCAGUGAGGAAGGUGCAGGGCCUUCGAUCAUGUUUGCAGAGGAUCCUCAUCCACGACGACAAAAGGCUGACGAACCGGAAGAAUCCGGGGGUGUUUCCAUCUACCAGCGGGCCAAGGACAAUGGCAGCCCUCCCAAACCCGCGUCGGGAUAUCCUACAGCUGCUGCGGCACCUUUGUCGUUCAAUGACCUUCCCAGCCGGGCACAGCAUCUGAUCCUCAACGAUCUGAUAUCGCAAAACAGCGAUGAUACCGCGGUCAUCUUCACCACAUUGCCAGCACCAGUUGAAGGCACCUAUAGAAGCGAGACUGACAGUCUGAGAUAUAUCAGUGACCUGGAGGUGUUGGUUGGCGGACUGCCAUCAACGCUGCUGGUGCAGAGUAAUAGCAUGACGGUGACGACCAAUCUUUGA